UCUCCCUCUGCCCUCUUUCUAGUCUCCGUUGCUCCUCCUUACACCCCCAAAAACCUCCCUCCUCUUAUCAAAACAACGAGCCAAUCUGUCGCAGCCCGGUAAGAGGGGUCUGGGAGCCGCGGCGACCAGAAACCAGGCUGUGCGCGUGCACACGGAUGCCUGCAUCCAUCUGGACGGAAUCAGACCAGAACUCACGGCUGUUGGAGGACAUUUAACACAUCCGCACGCCCCCGAGACAUUUAAAAACUUUUUAUAUCACUUUUUUUUCCCCUUUCUGACGUGUUUACACAUUUUUCAAAAAUAUGAAUGAAACUCUAAUAAGUGGGCGGAGAGGAUUAUUUAUGAUUUUUUACACUUUAUAUUUUAUUUAUACAUUUGUAUAUGAAUGAUGAUUCAUUUUCAUUAAUGAGAAGAACUUUGAGCGCAUUCAUGAAAGUCAGUCAAACUUUGCGCAAACUUUGUCUCCGCGUGGAGUCGAACCGGAGCCGGAGCUGACCGCAUCCCCUCUGGUGGAGGACAGAAAAGACUUCAAGAUGAAGUGUCAAAGAGUCCUAACUUACUUAAGGAUAUGUGGGACCACUAUGUUUGGUGUGUCUCUCCUCGUGGGCAUCUCCACUGCCUACAUCAUGGGCUACCAGUUCUUCACUACCGCCCAGAAUCACCUAUCCUUUGGCUUGUAUGGAGCCAUACUGGUUGUCCACCUAAUUAUUCAAAGCCUUUUUGCACUUCUAGAACACAGAAGGAUGCGGCGAUCCUUAGAGACACCAAUCAAGCUGAAUAAAUCUUUGGCACUGUGCAUAGCAGCUUAUCAGGAAGACCCAAACUACCUAAGAAAAUGCCUGGUGUCAGUGAAGAGGCUGACGUAUCCUGGGAUAAAAGUGAUCAUGGUGAUUGAUGGAAACUCUGAAGAGGACUUGUACAUGAUGGAGAUUUUUAAAGAGGUUAUGGGAUGGGACAGAUCGGUCACGUACGUGUGGAGAAGUAAUUAUCAUCACAGAGGCCCGGAGGAGACAGAUGAGAGCUACGCUGAGAGCCUCCAGCAGGUCUCCAGAGUUGUGCUUAACAACAAGUGUGUGUGCAUCAUGCAGAAGUGGGGAGGGAAGAGAGAAGUCAUGUACACAGCCUUCAAAGCACUGGGAAGGACCGUGGACUAUGUUCAGGUGUGUGACUCUGACACCAUGCUGGACCCAGCAUCAUCAGUGGAGAUGGUGAAGGUUUUGGAGGAAGACCCUAUGGUAGGAGGUGUCGGAGGAGAUGUACAGAUCCUAAAUAAAUAUGAGUCGUGGAUCUCCUUCUUGAGCAGCGUUCGAUACUGGAUGGCCUUCAACAUCGAACGGGCUUGCCAAUCCUACUUUGGUUGCGUUCAGUGCAUCAGCGGGCCUUUGGGAAUGUACCGGAACUCCCUCCUGCACGAGUUUCUUGAAGACUGGUACAAUCAGACAUUUAUGGGAUCCCACUGCAGUUUCGGGGAUGACCGUCAUCUCACAAACAGGGUCCUCAGCCUUGGUUAUGCAACCAAAUACACUGCAAGGUCCAAGUGCCUCACAGAAACUCCAAUUACAUACUUGCGCUGGCUAAAUCAGCAGACUCGAUGGAGUAAGUCGUACUUCAGAGAAUGGCUUUAUAACUCCAUGUGGUUCCACAAGCAUCAUUUAUGGAUGACUUAUGAAGCUGUGAUCACUGGCUUCUUCCCAUUUUUUCUCAUUGCCACUGCAAUUCAACUCUUCUACCAAGGAAGGCUCUGGAAUAUCUUGUUGUUUCUACUUAUUGUUCAAGCAGUGGCACUGAUCAAGUCCUCUUUUGCAAGCUGCCUUAGAGGCAACAUCGUCAUGGUGUUCAUGUCCUUCUAUUCCGUACUGUACAUGUCCAGCCUGUUGCCGGCAAAAAUGUUUGCCAUAGCAACUAUCAACAAGUCCGGCUGGGGGACCUCCGGAAGGAAAACUAUUGUGGUGAACUUUAUUGGUCUCAUUCCAAUAUCUGUCUGGUUCACAAUCCUCUUCAUUGGGAUUAUAUACACAGUAAUCCAGCAGACAAGAAAACCCUUCCCUGAAUCAGAGAAGAUUGUUCUGAUCAUCGGGGCGGUGGUCUAUGCCAGUUACUGGGUCAUGCUGUUGACGCUGUAUACCACGCUCAUAAACAAAUGUGGGAAGAGGAAGAAGGAGACACAUUUUGAUAUGGUGCUGGAUGUUUGACAAACUCUUACUUUUGUUUACAAAUGGUUGUUGUUUUGUGUCUUUUUUGAUAUAAAUUCAGAACAGCUCUGGAUGUCAAACUGGUUGAUUUCAACCACAUUAGACCGCAGUGACUGUAAUUCCUGACUUUUCUGUAUCUACAUGCUGAUUAAGUUAAGUCUCAGAUUACAAAUGCAGAGCAAAUGUAUUGAUCAAUGGUUAGCCAAUACUCUGUACCAAUAGAGGCACCCUACCAGGUAGCGUUUUUCUACAAACUGCCUUUAAGAGGUAAUUCUCCUUUUUUAAUUAAAUUAAAUUAAAUAAAUACCCACCUGGUUGCCAACUCUAAUAACAUAUACCAGUGGGUUUAGGUGCCUUGUGGUUGACACAAAAAAGUUUUAGACCUUGAGUAUUUAUUAGCUACCUCUGACUGUCGUCAUAUUCACUGGGCUUCAUUAAAGAGCUUAGCAGCCAGACAAACUGCAGAUACUUUCAGCCUCCGCUGCUGGAUUUACAAGUUAGCUUGUUUUAUUCACUCAUCUUAGAAAUGUUUGGACACUCUUACCGAACAAAAUAAUAUACAUUUCCCCAAUGAAAGAAAAGCCAAACACGAGCUAGUCUAAUGACUCCACAGCUUUGAUGAUUGUAAUCAGCAACCAGCCUUCUGUAGUCAAUGUUAUUUUCAGUCCACAAACACUGUCAUUACUGUGCAGAUGCCAUAAACUAGUGAAGAUAGCCACUUUAGCUCUGUUCAUUGGAAAGAUCUGCUUUAAGGGGUCAACCCCUCCUUAAACGCAACAGACAAGCAGGACACGUUAUGGACACAGUGCUACUCAAGGUACUGCUCUGCAGGAGGGAUGGUGUGAACCAUACUUUAGGACUGGGAAACAAUCCACACUUGUUUUAGGACACCAAAUGUCACAACUGGAACUGGCAGGAGAAUCAAAUAACUACCUUGAUUCUGUUUCCAGAGAGCACUUCUAGUUGGUGGGAGAUUCAAAUGUACAGUAAUAUUUAUUGUUUAAAGACAGUUAUUGCUAAUCUGUGGCUGUCGUUUAUGGCUCAUUGUUAAAAGUGUUCUUAUUCAACAAUGGUUUGUUCCCUUUUUUUUCAAGUGAAUGCAAACAUUUUACAAGCAUUUUGAAUGUGAAGCAACAUGACAGAUAGAGAAUGUCAGUAGUUAUUCCCAGUAUUAUUUCCUCAGUAUUGGUGAGUAUGAUCUUUAUUUAAUCGGAUGGACCACACGCAAGGGACCAUUUCACUGCUGCUGUGACUCAUUUUUUUGGGGAAGGGGGACUUGGCUCCAGAGAUGAUGGCAUCCAGACAUGAUUAGCCGGUAGCAGAAAUUCUUAACGUUUUCAGAAUUGUAGCACCUUUUAUGAAAGCUUUAAAUGUGAAUAACUGUUAACACUCUCUAGUAUAAAAAUGUUUUGGGCUCUGUCAGAAUUCCUUCCCUAAUCACUAUAGAGUGCACUAUAUAGUGUGUUCGCCAUUUUGCAAUGCUGUCCAAAUCUACAAUUCCAAAAUUGAGGUGCACUAGAAAUUUCCCAGAAGUCUUUGCAAAAAACUAGCGUGCAUCGAUCCUCACUAGAUUAGCGAAAUAUAUACGACAAUGGAUUGCUGUCGAACAAUUUUGCAGAAAAAAACGUGUUUAAAUGUAAUUUUUUAAUAAACCAUUCACAUUUUCAUCAUCAGAACACAGUGGGGUCAUAAAUAGACAUUGUGAAAUGUUUGUAUUGAUUCAAUUUUCACUUUGUGAUAUCGGUCACGUCAUAUCCAACGUUUAGUAAAACGAAAGAAAAGUAGUGAACAUGGUGUCUGAAUUGAUUUUAAAAUCCAGGGCACUAUAUAGAUUUUUAGUAGUUUUUAGGAUUAGGGUGGGAAUUCGGACAUAGCUUUAGUGUGCAAGAUUAUCUUAAAAUAGGACACAAAUAUGGUGAUCCUUUGAUCAUUUUCUGAAUUGAAAUUGUAGCAACUCUAAAAAUUGGGAAGCUGAGAGAUCAGUUAUGAUGAAUUCGGGCUUUGUCUAUAUUUGAACUCACAACAUUUAACAACACAAGGGUGUCAUCAUCCUUUCCCUCCUCUCAACAUAACAGGUUAAAAUAACUAACAGAAAACAGAGUGAAACAGUCAGACAACAAAACACAUAAACAAGAAUCCACAUUUAAACCUCAAUCCGCCCAGACAGGCAAAGGGAAUUGCAUCCCACAUUUCCUUUCUUGAACAGCAGGUCCAGUGUGGCUGUGACCACCACUACAAUAUUAACAAAAGUGUUCAGAUUUGUUAAACUGUUAACUCUUUUACACCAGAGCUUUAGCUCCAGUGUUUCCUUCGACUCCCGAAACUUUUCAACCCUUAAUGCGAUCAACACAAAUCAGCUUCCAUCACUGAGAAAAGUAUAUAGCUUUGUACUGAUAUGUAAUGUUUUGUAUCAGUGGUGUGUUGCAAUAUUGAUGAAAAGUUGCUUUUAAGUGUCGCUUAGGGGGGAAAGCCACUUUUCUCUGCAAAUCAGCUGAUUCGCGUUGAUUGCAUAAGGAGUUCCAGUAUAUCGAGUAGGUUUUAACUCCAGCAUUAGAGGUUUAAAGCCUUGAAAAAGCCUUGUUCGACAAAAAAAAAGAUGUAUUUCUUGACUGAAAUGGGGGGAGGGGGAGACGGUGAACUUCUGGUUCUGAUCAAGGACUUCUGAUUCUGGCUAGUGCUGUCUGGACGCCAUGUUGUUGUCUGUAGCCAGGUCAAGAAUGUUUUCAGAUUGGUUUUUAUGUGUUUUUCCAACCCAUUUAACCACCUGUGGUUGCUAUGCAGCUAUGGUGGAUGUGAUGUGAUGGGUGGAUGUGAUCCAUUCCAAAGAAUUUCAUAUUUCACUUUUCACAGACUGUGUAGAGGGAAUUCUGUUACACGUUUUGGCUUCACUGUGCAACGGGAUCUGCAAAGAAAAGAUAAACGUCGAAGAAAAUGUUUUAUUUCAUAAUUUAAAUGUCCCACUUGUUGAUGGGAAUGUGAAUGAAGGCACAUUUUAGUUUUAAAUUAGUCAGAUGUUUGUUAUUGACAGGAGUCAACAUGAGUUCAAAUAAGAAGCACUUUUAUGUCUCCUCCCAUUUUAAACAUUUCGCUUGACAUCAUUAAGAUGAAAUACCUCAGUAGGUUCUCUUGACUUUGCAGUACAAUAUCAAUGUCCGUUCUGAAAUUUUUCAUUAAUUUAUUACUCGUUUGCCAAGCUGAGUGUGAAACUGCCUCUUUACAGGCAUAUAUAUAUUUUCAGUUUUUGUGCGUCAGAGCUGGAUUUUUUCUGCUUUGUUGGUUCUUUGAUGUAGCUGUUUACACAUUUCUACUUUAAUGCAUUUUCACCUAUUUUUAUCUGUCUACCAAAGAGUCUAUUUUUUCAUGUUUUUAGAAGAGAAAAUGUAAAUAUUGUGCUUAAAACUGUUCCAACAGUGACUUGUAUGUUUGACCAAACAAUGUGAAACUAUGAGUUUUGUCUGUGAUAACAGUGAAAUGCAAUUUGUUGGGAUAAAUUAUUGUUUUGUACUUGAUUAUUAAAACUGCAUAUUUAUUUAAAUCUGUGGUUUAGGAAAAGCAUUUCCUCUUCUUAUAAAAUCCCAAAUAUGACGACAGUAGGAAAAAAAGUUAAAAUAAUAUUUUAGUUGUGUAACAUAAACAACACAUCAACAUAAUUUGAUUUAUUUGUCAUGUCAAUUAAACUAUAUGAGGAAAUGAAGAUUCUCUUUCAUUGCUGCAACAAGUUAAAAUCCUGCCUCUGGUUCUUGCAUGUGCUUUCUCGUCAUUGUGCCUUCAGAAACAUGCAUAGGUGAUUAAUGAAUUAUGCAUGUUCGUUUGUCUAUCUAUGUGGUCCCAUGAUGGAAUGGCUACCUGUCCAUUGUGUACCAAAUGGAAAGACAAUGGCAGAAUCUUAGAUUUUCCAUUCAUUUCUUUGCACAAUAUUCAAUGAUGACAUUUAUUUUAAAUGUUAUGAAUAAAAACAAUCACACCAACUGUUUCACAAAGAUGUUGAUUUGUUCAAACAGUGAGAAUUUACAGAGAAGUCACAUGAAAACGUUUGACAUUUUUAACAUUUUGACUCAUUUCAAGUUCUUAUGAACUCCUAAAUGAGGAAAACUGGACCACAAAAUUAUUCAGUCAGUGUGUUGUUUGUUGUAUCCAAAAAUAUUUUUGUUAAUUUUCUUGGAUUGAUUUAUUUUUUAAAGUUUUCAUGUAUAGAUUUUUAUUUAUUGGCUCAUUUCCAAAUAAAGCUGCUAAU